CGCCAGGCGAGUUGGCGCGGGCUGAUCGGCUUCAUUCCAGCACUGGCCGCCCGGACUCCAGCGCCACUUUGCAAACAAGUCUCCCGCCGAGGCUCUGGGCUGAGACAGUCCGCCAGUGCGGAGCUCCUUUUCCAGUGCCGGACACUCAGACCUGCCGAUCCACGACUGCCCUUUACUUGGCAGUCUCGCCACGGGCGAACUGCUGGCCGCUGAGCGACGGGGGCAGUGCCGGGCCGACAGCGGGGACAGACUGCAUCCAGUACGGCCGGUCUCACACAGACUCAGCGGCUCCCUCUCCUUCCUCGGUCCCACGAGCUGAAAUUUCGCGCCCGUUGGGAGCUGAAGGGACCUGGAGACGGGCAUUUCGGGAAACCUGAGGGGAUCGAGGAGCGACUUUCGAGGGCGCCAUAUUUUCAGUGCUGAGUUACCUGACUGCUACCAGGGACUGGAGGACAGUUCUUGAAGAGUCACCCAGAGCCAGCUGCUUCUCUGCCCCUGGCCGUGGUUUAUGUUGACUGAUUGCAGCAGCUGCUGAGAGGUGGUUUUAUGUCGUGUGCUGCAGGAGGCUUCUCACAUGCUUCGGGAUAUCUUCAGGGAAAUUCACUCUUAAUAGAAACUGAGAAUUUAAGGCAUUGUAAGUGAGACUGACCACAUCAUCUAGGAAAAUGGUAGCCCUGUCCUUAAAGAUUUGUGUCCGCCACUGCAACGUGGUGAAGACCAUGCAGUUUGAACCGUCUACAGCUGUGUAUGAUGCAUGUCGAGUCAUUCGGGAGCGGGUACCUGAGGCACAAACUGGGCAAGCUUCUGACUAUGGACUGUUCCUUUCGGAUGAAGACCCCAGGAAAGGGAUUUGGCUGGAAGCGGGCAGAACACUGGAUUACUACAUGUUGCGGAAUGGGGAUAUUUUGGAAUAUAAAAAGAAACAGAGACCUCAGAAAAUCCGGAUGCUGGAUGGAUCUGUGAAGACGGUGAUGGUGGAUGAUUCCAAGACUGUGGGGGAGCUCCUGGUCACUAUUUGUAGCAGAAUAGGAAUAACAAAUUAUGAAGAAUACUCCUUAAUCCAAGAAACUAUUGAAGAAAAGAAAGAGGAAGGGACGGGUACGCUGAAGAAAGACAGGACAUUAUUACGAGAUGAGAGGAAAAUGGAGAAGUUGAAGGCUAAGCUGCACACAGACGAUGACCUAAAUUGGCUAGAUCACAGCCGAACGUUCAGAGAACAAGGAGUAGAUGAAAACGAGACGUUGCUGCUUAGACGGAAGUUCUUUUACUCUGAUCAGAAUGUAGAUUCGAGAGACCCUGUGCAGCUGAACUUGCUUUAUGUUCAGGCUCGCGAUGACAUCCUGAACGGCUCUCAUCCUGUCUCCUUCGAGAAAGCUUGUGAGUUUGGUGGAUUUCAAGCCCAGAUACAGUUCGGACCUCAUGUAGAACAUAAACACAAGCCUGGAUUCUUAGAUCUAAAGGAAUUCCUGCCCAAAGAAUACAUCAAGCAGAGAGGAGCUGAAAAGAGGAUCUUUCAGGAGCAUAAGAACUGCGGAGAGAUGAGUGAGAUAGAAGCCAAGGUCAAGUACGUGAAACUCGCACGGUCCCUCCGCACAUAUGGCGUGUCCUUCUUCCUGGUGAAGGAAAAGAUGAAAGGCAAGAACAAGCUGGUGCCUCGCCUGCUGGGCAUCACCAAAGACUCGGUGAUGCGUGUGGAUGAGAAGACCAAGGAAGUGCUACAGGAGUGGCCCCUUACCACGGUCAAGCGCUGGGCAGCCUCACCCAAGAGCUUCACACUGGAUUUUGGGGAGUAUCAGGAAAGCUACUAUUCUGUACAGACCACUGAGGGAGAGCAGAUAUCCCAGCUGAUUGCAGGCUACAUUGACAUCAUCCUGAAAAAGAAACAAAGUAAAGAUCGAUUUGGACUAGAAGGUGAUGAGGAGUCAACUAUGUUAGAAGAGUCCGUUUCCCCAAAAAAGUCCACCAUCCUGCAGCAGCAGUUCAACAGGACCGGGAAGGCAGAGCACGGCUCGGUGGCGCUGCCGGCCGUCAUGCGCUCAGGCUCCAGCGGGCCUGAGACCUUCAACGUUGGCAGCAUGCCCUCGCCACAGCAGCAGGUCAUGGUUGGGCAGAUGCACCGAGGCCACAUGCCGCCACUGACUUCAGCCCAGCAGGCCCUGAUGGGGACCAUCAACACCAGCAUGCACGCCGUCCAGCAGGCCCAGGAUGAUCUCAGUGAGCUCGACUCGCUGCCACCUCUUGGCCAGGAUAUGGCAUCGAGGGUGUGGGUUCAGAACAAAGUCGACGAAUCCAAACACGAAAUUCAUUCUCAAGUUGAUGCUAUCACGGCCGGAACAGCUUCCGUCGUUAACCUCACAGCUGGUGACCCUGCAGACACUGACUACACGGCUGUGGGAUGUGCGAUCACCACUAUUUCUUCCAACCUGACGGAGAUGUCCAAGGGUGUGAAGCUGUUGGCCGCCCUCAUGGAUGAUGAGGUGGGCAGUGGGGAGGACUUGCUCAGAGCUGCCAGGACCCUCGCUGGGGCAGUGUCAGACUUGCUGAAAGCUGUGCAGCCUACUUCUGGAGAGCCUCGACAGACAGUUUUGACUGCUGCUGGCAGCAUUGGACAGGCUAGUGGGGAUCUUCUGAGACAGAUUGGAGAGAAUGAGACUGAUGAGCGAUUCCAGGAUGUUUUAAUGAGUUUGGCCAAAGCUGUUGCCAAUGCAGCUGCCAUGUUGGUACUAAAGGCAAAGAAUGUUGCCCAAGUGGCAGAAGACACUGUCCUACAGAACAGGGUGAUUGCUGCUGCCACCCAGUGUGCCCUCUCCACCUCCCAGCUUGUGGCAUGUGCCAAGGUUGUGAGCCCCACUAUCAGCUCCCCUGUGUGCCAGGAGCAGCUGAUUGAAGCAGGGAAGCUGGUGGACCGCUCGGUGGAGAACUGCGUACGCGCCUGCCAGGCGGCCACCUCCGAUAGUGAGCUCCUGAAGCAGGUCAGCGCCGCGGCCAGCGUGGUCAGCCAGGCCCUGCAUGAUCUCCUACAGCAUGUGCGGCAGUUUGCCAGCCGAGGCGAGCCCAUCGGCCGCUAUGACCAGGCUACCGACACCAUCAUGUGUGUCACCGAGAGCAUCUUCAGCUCCAUGGGUGAUGCUGGUGAAAUGGUGCGCCAGGCACGGGUCCUGGCCCAAGCCACGUCAGACCUUGUCAAUGCCAUGAGAUCAGAUGCAGAAGCCGAAAUCGACAUGGAGAAUUCGAAGAAGCUCCUGGCAGCAGCAAAACUCUUGGCCGACUCCACUGCUCGCAUGGUGGAAGCUGCAAAGGGGGCUGCAGCCAACCCAGAGAAUGAAGACCAGCAGCAAAGGCUGAGAGAAGCUGCAGAAGGUCUCCGGGUAGCAACCAACGCAGCUGCCCAGAAUGCUAUUAAGAAAAAAAUCGUCAACCGGCUGGAGGUUGCAGCCAAGCAGGCCGCAGCAGCAGCCACGCAGACCAUUGCCGCCUCCCAGAACGCGGCCGUUUCCAACAAGAACCCUGCGGCUCAGCAGCAGCUGGUCCAGAGUUGCAAGGCAGUGGCGGAUCACAUCCCUCAGCUGGUCCAGGGAGUGCGGGGGAGCCAAGCUCAAGCCGAAGACCUGAGUGCCCAGCUGGCUCUCAUCAUCUCCAGCCAGAACUUCCUCCAGCCUGGAAGCAAGAUGGUUUCCUCUGCCAAAGCCGCAGUGCCCACCGUGAGUGACCAGGCUGCAGCCAUGCAGCUGAGCCAGUGUGCCAAGAAUCUGGCCACCAGCUUGGCGGAGCUGCGUACUGCCUCGCAGAAGGCCCAUGAAGCCUGUGGUCCAAUGGAAAUAGAUUCAGCUCUGAACACUGUGCAGACGCUUAAGAAUGAACUGCAAGAUGCCAAGAUGGCGGCCGUGGAGAGCCAGCUGAAGCCACUUCCAGGGGAAACGCUGGAAAAAUGUGCUCAGGACCUGGGAAGCACAUCCAAGGCAGUGGGCUCCUCCAUGGCGCAGCUGCUGACCUGUGCCGCGCAGGGCAACGAACACUACACAGGGGUGGCUGCUAGAGAGACGGCCCAAGCUCUGAAAACGCUGGCCCAGGCCGCCCGGGGAGUGGCUGCAUCAACGACCGACCCGGCAGCUGCCCAUGCCAUGUUAGAUUCUGCUCGAGACGUGAUGGAGGGCUCCGCCAUGCUCAUUCAAGAAGCCAAGCAGGCCCUGAUUGCACCUGGAGAUGCAGAGAGUCAACAAAGACUGGCUCAGGUGGCUAAAGCCGUCUCACACUCCUUGAAUAACUGCGUCAAUUGCCUCCCUGGGCAGAAGGAUGUGGACGUGGCCUUGAAGAGCAUUGGAGAGUCUAGCAAGAAGCUGCUUGUGGAUUCGCUACCUCCAAGCACGAAGCCUUUCCAGGAAGCCCAGAGUGAACUGAACCAGGCAGCCGCUGAUCUGAACCAGUCUGCUGGGGAGGUUGUCCAUGCCACCCGGGGCCAGAGCGGGGAGCUGGCUGCAGCCUCUGGAAAGUUCAGUGAUGAUUUUGAUGAAUUCCUCGAUGCUGGCAUUGAGAUGGCUGGCCAAGCUCAGACAAAAGAAGACCAGAUCCAAGUGAUAGGGAACCUCAAGAAUAUCUCGAUGGCAUCCAGCAAGCUGCUGUUAGCUGCCAAGUCUCUCUCUGUAGAUCCAGGGGCUCCCAAUGCGAAAAAUCUCCUGGCUGCAGCUGCAAGAGCUGUGACAGAGAGCAUCAAUCAACUCAUCACUCUGUGCACCCAACAAGCUCCAGGCCAGAAAGAGUGUGAUAAUGCCCUGCGGGAGCUCGAGACUGUGAAGGGGAUGUUGGACAAUCCUAAUGAACCUGUUAGUGAUCUCUCCUACUUUGACUGCAUUGAGAGUGUGAUGGAAAACUCCAAGGUUCUGGGUGAAUCGAUGGCAGGGAUUUCACAGAAUGCCAAGACUGGGGACCUCCCUGCCUUUGGGGAAUGUGUGGGAAUCGCAUCCAAGGCUCUCUGUGGGCUGACAGAGGCCGCAGCCCAGGCUGCAUACUUGGUUGGCAUCUCUGAUCCAAACAGCCAGGCAGGCCACCAGGGCCUAGUGGACCCCAUCCAGUUUGCCAGGGCUAACCAGGCCAUCCAAAUGGCAUGCCAGAACCUGGUGGACCCCGGCAGCAGUCCAUCACAGGUCCUGUCGGCCGCCACAAUUGUUGCCAAGCACACAUCAGCCUUGUGCAAUGCCUGCCGCAUCGCCUCAUCCAAGACGGCCAACCCGGUCGCCAAGAGGCACUUUGUCCAGUCAGCCAAGGAAGUUGCCAACAGCACUGCCAACCUGGUGAAGACCAUCAAGGCUCUGGAUGGGGAUUUCUCUGAAGACAACCGCAAUAAAUGUCGCAUUGCCACUGCCCCCCUGAUUGAAGCUGUGGAGAACCUGACGGCAUUUGCAUCCAACCCUGAGUUUGUCAGCAUUCCUGCCCAGAUCAGCUCUGAGGGCUCCCAGGCACAGGAACCAAUCCUGGUCUCAGCCAAGACCAUGCUGGAGAGUUCAUCGUACCUCAUUCGCACUGCACGCUCUCUGGCCAUCAACCCCAAAGACCCGCCCACCUGGUCUGUACUGGCUGGACAUUCCCAUACGGUGUCUGACUCCAUCAAGAGCCUCAUCACUUCUAUCAGGGACAAGGCCCCUGGACAGAGAGAAUGUGACUACUCCAUCGAUGGCAUCAACAGGUGCAUCCGGGACAUUGAGCAGGCCUCACUGGCUGCCGUUAGCCAGAGCCUGGCCACAAGGGAUGACAUCUCUGUGGAGGCCCUGCAGGAGCAGCUGACUUCGGUGGUCCAGGAAAUCGGGCACCUUAUCGAUCCCAUCGCCACAGCGGCUCGGGGAGAAGCAGCUCAGCUGGGACAUAAGGUGACACAACUGGCGAGCUACUUUGAGCCCUUGAUCUUAGCUGCAGUCGGUGUGGCCUCCAAGAUUCUUGACCAUCAGCAGCAGAUGACGGUGCUGGACCAGACCAAGACGCUCGCAGAGUCUGCCCUGCAGAUGUUGUAUGCAGCCAAAGAAGGUGGCGGAAACCCCAAGGCACAACACACCCAUGACGCCAUCACAGAGGCCGCCCAGCUGAUGAAGGAAGCUGUGGACGACAUCAUGGUGACACUGAACGAAGCCGCCAGUGAAGUGGGGCUGGUUGGGGGCAUGGUGGACGCCAUCGCAGAGGCCAUGAGCAAGCUGGAUGAAGGCACUCCUCCAGAACCAAAGGGAACAUUUGUCGACUAUCAGACGACUGUGGUUAAAUACUCCAAAGCCAUUGCGGUGACAGCUCAGGAAAUGAUGACUAAGUCGGUUACUAACCCGGAGGAGUUGGGAGGACUGGCUUCACAAAUGACCAGUGACUAUGGGCACCUGGCUCUCCAGGGCCAGAUGGCAGCAGCCACGGCGGAACCAGAGGAGAUCGGAUUCCAGAUUCGCACUCGUGUGCAGGACCUGGGCCAUGGCUGUAUCUUCCUGGUGCAGAAGGCAGGGGCCUUCCAGGUCUGCCCCACGGACAGCUACACCAAGAAGGAGCUCAUCGAGUGCGCCCGCGCCGUCACGGAGAAGGUCUCCUUGGUGCUCUGGGCUCUCCAGGCUGGGAACAAGGGAACCCAAGCAUGCAUCACAGCCGCCACUGCUGUGUCAGGGAUCAUCGCUGACCUGGACACCACCAUUAUGUUUGCAACAGCGGGGACACUGAAUGCAGAGAACAGUGAGACAUUUGCAGACCACAGGGAGAACAUUCUGAAGACAGCCAAGGCCUUGGUGGAAGACACGAAACUGCUUGUGUCAGGAGCUGCGUCCACUCCUGACAAGCUGGCCCAGGCGGCCCAGUCCUCGGCAGCCACCAUCACCCAGCUCGCAGAGGUGGUCAAGCUGGGGGCCGCCAGCCUGGGCUCCAACGACCCCGAGACCCAGGUCGUGUUGAUCAAUGCCAUCAAAGACGUGGCCAAGGCCCUCUCCGAUCUCAUCAGUGCUACCAAGGGAGCUGCCAGCAAGCCAGCCGACGACCCUUCCAUGUACCAGCUAAAGGGGGCCGCCAAGGUGAUGGUGACCAAUGUCACCUCCCUCCUCAAGACUGUAAAGGCAGUGGAGGAUGAGGCCACCCGGGGCACCAGGGCACUUGAGGCCACAAUUGAAUGCAUAAAGCAGGAGCUCACGGUGUUCCAGUCAAAAGACGUACCUGAAAAGACAUCAUCACCUGAAGAAUCCAUAAGGAUGACGAAAGGCAUCACCAUGGCAACAGCCAAAGCUGUGGCAGCUGGGAACUCUUGUAGACAGGAGGAUGUGAUUGCUACUGCCAACCUGAGCCGGAAGGCUGUGUCAGAUAUGUUGACAGCUUGCAAGCAAGCAUCCUUCCACCCCGAUGUCAGUGACGAGGUGAGAACCAGAGCGUUGCGUUUUGGGACGGAGUGCACCCUCGGCUACCUGGACCUCCUGGAGCACGUCUUGGUGAUUCUUCAGAAACCAACCCCAGAACUCAAGCAGCAGCUGGCCGCUUUCUCCAAGCGAGUCGCCGGUGCUGUGACGGAGCUCAUCCAGGCGGCCGAAGCCAUGAAAGGAACGGAGUGGGUGGAUCCAGAAGACCCAACGGUCAUCGCAGAAACAGAGUUACUGGGGGCUGCAGCAUCCAUUGAAGCUGCUGCUAAGAAGUUAGAGCAACUGAAGCCAAGAGCAAAACCAAAACAAGCGGAUGAGACCCUGGACUUUGAGGAACAGAUCUUGGAAGCUGCGAAAUCCAUUGCUGCUGCCACAAGCGCCCUGGUCAAAUCGGCCUCGGCAGCCCAGAGGGAGCUGGUGGCCCAAGGAAAGGUGGGCUCCAUCCCUGCCAACGCUGCAGACGACGGACAGUGGUCACAGGGGCUGAUUUCUGCUGCCCGGAUGGUGGCAGCUGCAACCAGCAGUCUCUGUGAAGCGGCCAAUGCCUCCGUUCAGGGACAUGCCAGCGAGGAGAAGCUCAUCUCAUCUGCCAAGCAGGUCGCCGCUUCCACGGCUCAGCUGCUGGUGGCCUGCAAGGUGAAGGCCGACCAGGAUUCAGAGGCCAUGAGGCGGCUACAGGUAAUGGUCACUGAUGCUGGUGGGAAAAUACUCCUGUUGGAGCGGGCGGCAGGAAAUGCUGUGAAAAGAGCCUCAGACAAUCUUGUCCGUGCAGCCCAGAAGGCAGCCUUUGGCAAAGCUGAUGAUGACGACAUUGUAGUGAAAACCAAGUUCGUGGGUGGCAUUGCUCAGAUCAUCGCUGCCCAGGAAGAAAUGCUAAGGAAAGAGCGAGAGCUGGAAGAAGCAAGGAAAAAACUCGCCCAGAUCCGCCAGCAGCAGUAUAAGUUUCUACCUACUGAGCUGAGGGAAGAUGAGGGCUAGGGUGCCAGCCGAGGCAGUGAGCCCCAGGGGAUGGCCCUGCCUGAACUGGACAGACAGUGCUCUUGAGACGCUGGGCACUUACCUGGAAACGGCCCACCUUCCCCCGGGGCGAACCUGGGGCCCUGCGUGCUUGUUCUCACUUCUGUCCCAUCGGCACCAGCUGCAUGAUCAUGAUGUCACACGGUACAAUGUCCUACCCACAGCUCCUCCGCCGCGUCCCCUCAUGCCUCACUGUGUCUCAGGAGAGAGGGGUGCACGUUUCGUGGACUGUUACCAAUGAAGAGUCAGUAUUACGUCAUUCUCAGAUACCGUGGCUUUUGUUGGUCCUUCUCUUAGGCCUGCUCUGGACCUCUGUGAUACCAUAAUCUCAGAGGCAAUCACUGAUGUCAUAGAAUAUUCUUCUUCCUCUCAGGAGGAGACGGAAGCUGGAGUUGGGCAUGGUUAAUAAAAGCCAGAAACAUAAGCCCAUGUGGACUCUGGGAGGGUGACUCAGGUCCUCCUUCCAUGUCUUGAGCACUGGCUCACCCAGGGGGCAAAAAAUUCCUGCUCCCAUUUGCACGCUUUCUUGCCUCUGUGUGUAAGCUCCUUGUACAACCUAGGCCGAUGUUUAUCUUGUGGCCCAGAGAACUGAACGAUUAUUUUUUUCCUCCAUAGUCCAAAGGGCAGAGUUGUGGGAGGCCGUCAGGGCAUGGCAAGCAGGGACUGUAAUGAAGUAUGUGGGCUCCGUACUCUGCAGAGGCUCUUUCAGUCCGUACAGAUUCAUCUACACAAACCCACGUCUCCUAGUUGACAGUCAGCGCAACGCCCCUUCCCGGUGUCCAGGGUGGGGACUCUGCUAAAUAAGAGCUUCCUCAGUGACUCAUCUUUAGGUCCCACACUGGUUUUAUGCCUUCAGAAUGGUCACAAGUCCAGAUGAGAAGACAGCUGCUUACAAACCUGUCUCCUGUCCUCCAACCCAAGACACCUUUUUUCCCUCAGUCUUAAUAUCUAUAAAAUCUAAGUGCAUCCUAAAAUCAAUGUGAACCUUUAACAAGCUAGUUUUACUUAUUAUCACAUAAGUGAAGAUACAAGAUUUUUUCAGAGUCCAUCUGGAUGCCACACUCCCACAAUUCCGUAUUUUGCCCCUCUUUUCUUUCCCCUUUUCUUUUCAGAGCCCUCCCAUGGGAAGGGCACCUGAGGACCUUGAAUUUACCCUUAAUCUGAGCUGUUAGCCAAGGCAGUGCAUGAAAGAUGAGUGGUUUAUGGGUCAGAGUCAGUGCCAGGGAGCAAGAAUGUUUGAAAAAAUUCAUAGUGGGGGAGAUAAAAGCGGAUGAUUUUCAAAACUGGUAACAGUUAAAGGCACUCACCCUCCGUACUCCGUCCACGCUGUAGUUUCAGAGUUCCACCGAGGGGGGACAUUGCUGCUUUGGUCCUCCAAAGAUGUCACCCUUCCACCUUGCUUGAUGAUCUUUCGACCCUAGCCCAUGUCAUGGUUUAAAAACAUAUAAUUAAACUUUGGACAGCUUCCCAUAUUCGUAAGAUAUUUGUAAGUGCUGCACAUACUGGAAUUUAUUUUGAAAAGGAAAAGCGAGUGAGUCUGUAGGGCACUGAGUGUGUGGACACCAGUUCUGAAGAGGAGGGGAGCUGAUGGAGCCCGAGCUUCUUGGGGAAAAGCUGACACGCCCUCAGCUCGCCCUCUUUGAGUAGGGCUGAUCAGCACCUCACAGCUACCCUGGCUGGACCCGGAGAGGAGGGACACAGGUGCUUCCAGAGGUACUCAGGAUUCAGACCCCAGUGCUCAGGGUCACGAUGUGUUAAUGGCCUCCUGUAACAGGACUCUGGGAACCCCCCCUGUGGCCCAGCCUACCCCUCCCUCUUCCACCUGUCCCCGUCACAUCCCGGAAUCCCAGGACUGAGGCAGGAGCAGGCGGUGAGUUCUUCCACCCUGCCUCAGAGUUGCUUCAAACCUUUACUGCAUUUGAUAUCAGAAAAACCUCUGGAGACAAACCAAAUGGAAAGGCCUGUCCUUUACAACUCUGAACAGCCACUGAAGAAAGUUUAUUUCUAUAGCAGCUAUGUAAAUACUCUCCUUUCUGGAGCUGUCCAGUGCUGGGAGCUUUGGGGAGUCUGCUUCUCAGUUAUCACCUGGUGUGGUUCCGGUUUCUCAUCUGCCCCUUCCUCAUCCACCCUGUUUAUGUGUGUGUGAACGGCCUCGUGGCUGGCCUGGUGGCUUCUCAUUUCCUAAGAUGGUUGAAGGACAAAGCCUGGCACAUUAUUUAAUAGGGACUACCGCAGUGUCCUUCUGGUUCUUCAAAGGAAAAUAACACAGGCAUGAGUUCAACCGGGAGCGUGACCUUUCAGAGCAUCCAAGUAGAGGGUGGUGUCAGUAAACAUGAUCCCAGGUCUGGAGCACAGAAGUGUAUCUCUGUGUGAAGGGGAGCAGGUGGGUUGAUAUGGGUCUCUCUCCACACUCCUCUACUUGUGGGCAACGAACUGAGCUUUGAAUGAUUGGGCUAAUCUUUUAUCAGCCGGAAAUCGCUGCUUCUGAUGGCCAGGAGGGGAAUCGGAACUUGAUUUCAGAAUGGCCUAGUGAUUUGGAAAUUUGGAUUUUACUUGGUUCUGCCUUUCAGAAGUCUUUAGAUAGGGAUGCUAAGGUCAUGAUUGGUUGAAUGAAUAGCACUUGUUUAAACUUUGCCAGUGUCCAGCCAGCUCUGGCCCUGGCCUCCUAUGUAGGCAGAUACCUGGAUUCCUGACGGGCCCUACAGUCUCAUUGCUGCCCGGCCUGCAGUCUAUGGCCUUAAGAAGUGAGCUGCCUGUAGCCUCACCGGCAUAUUUUUUUAUCAGGGAAAACCUUUUGAGCUGCUCCUGAGUCUCACCUGCUUGCUUUCUGGCUUAAUGCAUUUACAGGCAACUAAAGCCUCUUCCUAGUUUAUCGAAAAAUUAUAACCAAAAUUCACCAUAGCCUAAGAGAGUAAACCCCACCUCCGAAGUGAUCCCAAGGCCAAAACCUCAUGAAGGAACCAGACACAGGGCAAAAGUGGUGAGCAAGCCAUGGUCUGCUCCUGGGGAACUCGCAGGUCUCUCCCUGAGGAGCCUUGGUUUCCUCCCUGGCAGGUAGUCCCCAGAAUCUUCUCUCUCAGCUCUGAGGUUUGGGGCUCUGGAAAGGCCUCUGGGAUUCUGGCCUUAAGACCCCAGCACAGACUAUCAGUAUGUUCCCUUCUCAGAUUCCUGGAGGAAAGGUACCAUCUGUUGACCAAGGGGCUGGCUGCUAGAAAUUUGGAGACGUUCACCUCAGGCUAAAGGGCAGUGGUCCCCAGAGUUCAGAAAGCCAAAGAUCUUGACAGCUAGCUAGUAGUGGCUCCGGUCCCAUCUCAGCACAGUGCUGGCCUCCAGAGGUAACCUCUGCUGGGGAAGGUAUCUCUCCCGAAGGCGUCCCCAAGUCCCAUGUUGAAAAUGUCCUGAGUCUACUGCUCCAUCUUUCUGAGUGAGCCUGUGCUUGGUAUGUUAUGUUUAUGGUCAUUACGGAUGAGUGUGUGCAGAGCUUCAGCUGAUUGAUUUUUUUUAAAUGCUACAGAGAAGAGUUAUUUCUUUUCAAUAAAAGAGGUUUGGAUUCGGCCUUCCUCUGAGCCCACCUCCCAGCCCUCCAGGGAGCAUCAGCGUACCUGAGUCACGUCGGCAUCUCUUCAUCCCACAAACCAUGAGGCUCGGUCCCAUUCAGCUGCCUCUCACCAGCCUGCAAGAUCCAGAAGAAAACAGGAACAUCCGUCUGCCUUGUGUCAUGUCUAUUCAUAUGCAUUAAUUUAUCUAACCACAUAAGUUAUUUUUUUUUAUUCGCCAGAAAUAAACCUUUAAAGAAACGAA